GGUAUCGCCACCGCCUCCAAACACACCAUCUGCUUCAUUCUUUCGAUUCUCAUCAUCUCCAGGAGCUCUUGCGUCUGUUUGUCCCAACCUCGUGCGCGACAGCCAGGCUUAACCAGCGGAAAUCUGCUCGCGGUCCUGCCGAUUGGACAGCUCAGAGCCCUUCAAUCAAGCUGGGAAGCGUUUUGACGAAGGAAGUCGUCCCAAACCUCCGCCCAGCAUGUUCUUCCUAUUCACCUGCGGCACGCACACGUUUACGAAGCCGCUGAAGGGAUAUGAGAGCGUGACGGUGCAGUGCCAGAACUGCGGAAACAUCUCGGCACGCGUCUUCAGCAGAUGGGAGUGGUUCACGUUUUGCUUCGUCCCCAUCAUCCCGUUUUCGCUGAAGCCGUGGAAGGAGGUCGGGUGCCACAUCUGCAACUUCUGGCAGGACAUCAAGUACCGCCCGGACGUGCAGCAGAACCAUGGCGCGGUGCCGAUGAACGUCUACGCAAGCGGAGGACAAGGCCCACCUCCAGGUCAGCAACAGUACAAGUAGGCGAGCAGUCGAUGAGCAGGCUGGCCGAUCUUCGUCCAUAGAAAGUACGAGGACCAAGUCGGCAUUGGAAGAGAUGGAAAGAACGGAAUGCGGGCGCUGGAUUGCAUACUGCGCGGCGGAUGAAAUUGACUGGCUGCCCGAACAGAUUCAGAACGGUAGAGACUCUGCCAGGAAGUUGUGAUGAGACAUGACAUGACCUCGUAUGGCACAGCAUUAAGGCGAAGGAACAAACACCAAAAAAAAGGAGGCGCAAAUGACUUUUUUUACUUGUCUUUUUAUGUUUGUUUUCGGACGAGGGCCUUCUUGAAAUCCCCAUCGUGCUCGCUUGUAUACCCCAGCGGCAGUUUCAAAAGCGACAUCUCUUUAGGCGAGAUCGCAAUGCAAUGGUUAUUUUUCCCG